AUGAUUGGUCUGUGUUUGCCUGCGAUAUGCCUCCGCGGAACCAUCGAGCGCAGAUCAGCCACUAAUUGUUAUCUUGAGGUCUUGGGCAAUUACGGAACUGAGCUUCAGGUCUUUGGAGCCGUUUUCCCACUGUGGGCACUCAGUGUCAUUUUUGGAGCGUCUGGAGCCACUUUCAAGGGUUCGACACUUUCAAGGGCUCGAGGGGAGGAAAUAGAUGGCUUGGCAAAUUUGUGGCGGGGAUCGGACUCGAAGCGCGAGAACGCGAGGUUGCCAGUUUGGAUCGAGGUGGUGACGGCAUUCCCUAAACGGCUUAUCGCUGGCCAACUUGGUGCAAUGCUCAGUCCAAGGGCAGGGUCAGGUAUUAUAAAGCCCUAUAACGUGGUAAGGGCUUCCAGCAAUGCCGACGCUGGGUACUGGCUGGCACCCUGA